ACACAGUCCUCCUCAGCACAGUCGUGGAAGUGCGCAAGGCCGGCAUCUCACUGCUUCUUAGUGUGAGAUUGUCAGAGGCCUAAUGUUAGUUGUUAGAAUGGACAUUUUGAAAAUCCGGCAGGCAGGCACAGCGGACCGGUUGAUGGAUUGCUGGACUAGUUCAGAGUAGAAUCGAAGGAAGUUAGAAUUGAGAACUUUUGGAAUAGUUUUAAGAAGAACCACCUGUGGACUAUUGCUUAUUUUUUACUACCCCUGUUUAUUUUCUGUCUCCCCUCUCGUCCUCUUUCACUCCCUCCCUAACCCCAUUCCCUGCCCACCUCUCCUUACCCCUCUCUUCCCCUCUCGUCUUUUCUCUGCUGUAUCUACUUCUUGGACUGAUUUAUUUGGCACAGCUUUUUCCAGAGAGGUCUGGAAUGCACUGUUCUAUAUUUGUCGGCUGCUGAAGCUAUCUUCUCCAUCGUGGAUGAGGCUGAAUCCUGGUGCUCCUUUGGGAAGGACAGGUGGACUUCACUAUUGUGGUGUUGCGCCACCAUAUCAAUCACCUGCUGAGAGUUUGAAUGUAGUUGGAACCAAGGAAAAGCUUUGGAACUGAGGCUCAUGUCAAACUCUGCACUUCAACCCCAUUGCCAACAGAAACUCUAAGCUUUCAGAACGACUUUUCCUUCAGGGACAAGACCGAGCUGGUCAAGAGUGCCACUGAUAUCGAUGCCAAUCUUCUGUCAGCCCUACCCAAGGUUUCAGAAUUAAAGAAACAUUUUGAAAGCAUUGUCUCGAGUGAUUUAGAAAUGAACAGUAGGAAGGAAAGGAUAGCCAGGCGCCUGGAGGGUAUCGAGAGUGAGGUUCCUCUUGCCCUGAUACCGAGCUGUGCCGGCCUGGUGGCCAACCGCAUGCUGGAGGAGGACCCGCCACGAUACACCCGGGCCUCAGACCCCUGUGAGCCAGUCAUGGUGAGACGUUACAGCAGAGAGCAGGUGGAGGUCCCACAGAUGCCGGUGUCCUCCCCAGACAGACAGUCUAGGACCCGGGGCAGACCGGGGGACCAUCCUGGACCGGCCGCCCACCCCCAUGCAGAGCCUGUCCUAUCCCCUUCCGAUGGCCCAGUGGACGCAGCCAGCCUCAGUUCCAAGGCCGAGCGGAUCGCCCGCUACAAAGCAGAGCGCCGGCGCCAGCUCUCUGAGCGUUACGGCAUCCUCUUGGACCAGGAGAUAGACAUGGACUACAGUCCUCGCUACUCGUGCUCACGUAGAGAGUCUGACGCCUCGGAGAGAGGGGCCCCAGCAGUCACAGAGCGUAGGAGAGACAGAGAUAGAGAAAGACAGGAGGUGGAGGAAGGAGGAGGAGGAGGAGGCCGGGAGAGUUCCCGCAGAACUCCCUACAGCUCUGGAGUGGGCAGGAUCUACAUGCAGGCUCACCCUGCUGAGCCUACUCCUGGCCACGCUCCUGCCUCAGGUCACGGUCCAGCCCAUGCAGGCCCUACCCAUACUCAAGCCCCUCCGCCCACCCAGGAGAGGGCCGGCACCUUCUCAGAGCGGGAGAGGAUGAUGAACCUGGAGAACUACCGGCGGGCCCAGGAGAGGACAAUGCCAGGGGGGGGCCUCAGAGGAGCCAGUAACAGGCCCCAUGAUCAUGCCCAGGCCCCCUCCAUCCAGCAGCUCAGCCCUCCUCUAUCCAGGGCCUCCUCCAGAGAAUCCUGCAGCGUGGCGGCCAUCCCCAGCUCCCCUCGUACGGCCCGCCGGGCCUCCCUGCCCUCCACACGCUACGGCAUCUCCCCCGGGGACCUGUUCAUCAAGCAGCAGGCUCAGGCCAUCCUCAGCAGACAGGGCCAGGCAGUGUUGUCUCAGAGCGACUGGUCUCUCCAGACAGACUCAGAAGAUGACGCUGCUGGCACUCAGCCUGUCAUCAGUUGGCCCUCCAGAAUCAGAGUAAGAGAGAGAUUAUCGAAAGAUGAGAGCGGUGUCCAAAGGGCCCCUGCAGAGCGGGGUCCAGCUCCAGAGCCCCCAGUGAAGAGACACCGUGAUCGUGCUCACACCACCACAGCUCACUACAUGCCCCAACGUGGCCACAGCUCUGACCCUGCCACCUACAAAAGGACUGGCCCCUCCUCUCAGCCCUCCCAACCUGCCUUCGCCCACGUCCCAUACCCCCACGCCCCAGCACCACGCACCCACACAUCAGGCCCUGCCAUGGGCCACCAGGGUGACCAUCAGGGGAGUCACCAGGGGACCCAUAUGGACCCUCAGCCUUACCUAGCCAUGCCGGCCCCUGUGGCCACCAAGCUCCCUGGAGCCCCUGUGGUGGAGGUGGAUACUCCAAGGAGGAGGGUGAGCACUGACCACAUCUACACGACCCAGAGGGAGACCCACAGGGAGGGCAGGCAGGCACUGAGAGAGGAGGUCCACACCGAGGGGCUGCUGAAGAGCCGGAAGGCCGUGCUGCCCUCAGAGAUCCGCCGCAGGGAGAAGAGUGUGGACGACCCCCAGAGAGGGGAGCCCCACCUGGGGCCAGUCAGCCGCCAGGACGACUCCACCACCUCAACCGCCAUGGAGUAUGAGAGCUAUAGGUCCAGGGGGAGGAGAACGAGUCGGGCGGACUCGGAGGAGUGGGAGACUAGGCCCAGGGAGCAGCAGCAGCACUGGUCCAGCCACAGCCAGGACACAAAGGAGACAGGUCCAUCCAGUUGCAUGGAGACCUCCCACUCCCAGCCCAGCCAGCAGCAACAGGCUCCUGAGCCUCUCCACCAGUACCAGCAACUCCAGCAGCAUCCGCAGCCCCAGAGUCAGCAGGACCUCCAGGGUCAACACGGCCUGCAGGACCAGCAGCAGGGUGACUCGGCCGUCUACCUCCAGAGGGGUGCCUACCUCCCUCAGGCCAGACACAGGAGCAUGGAGCCAGCCGGGCAGGCUGGGCCCCCCAAGCUCAAGGUCCGCACGCGCUCCAUGUCCGACAUCGGCGUAAGUCAGCGCUCAGCUGCCUAUAGGAGCGUGGAGAGGGCAGCCGCCAGCAGAGAGGCUACCAUGGCAGCCCACCUGGCCAGGGAGGGAGGGGUGGCAGUGGGGGUACUGCCCAAUGGGGAGGUGGGGACCUUGGAUACCAGGGUCUCUGUGGCCCAGCUCCGACACUCAUAUCUGGAGAACGCCAACAGGAAGCCGGAGCUAGAGCCAACUAAAGUAGAGCUUACUGCCAUGGAAGUAGAUCCGGCUGCUGGGAGCGCUGAUCGGGAGCGUGGCACAGCGCGGAGGCCGCGGCGCUACAUCACCCCUGGAGACAUCCGCAAGUCCUCUGAGAGAUUUAGGACGCAGCCUAUAACCACUGCAGAGCGGCUGGAGUCUGAUAGGUCUCGUCUGAGUCCAACCGAGCUACAGAACCCAGAAGCUGAUGAAGAGAAGCUUGAUGAGAGAGCUAAGAUGAGUGUGGCUGCUAAGAGGUCACUAUUUAGGGAGCUGGAGAAGACCACAGAUAGCAUCCCCAAACCGCGGUCCCGUAACCCUGCCGUGGAGAGGCGCCUGAGACGAGUCCAGGACCGUGCGCGCACACAGCCUAUCACCAAUGAGGAAGUGGACAUCGCUCACACUGUCUCUGCUCUGUCCUCACAAUCGGUGACGGUCCACACCACAGUAGCACGUAUCCCCAGCCCCACUGUAGUCAGCACCACCAUGACCAGUUACAGCCUGCAGGAGGCAUCGCAGCACAGCUCUAUGGUGCGGAGCAUUGGAGAGCAGGAUGGGGAGAAAGAAAGGGAGAGGGAGGCCCAGCCUAAAGGAGAUGGAGCAGGGCCUGGGCCUGAGGAGAUAAUGGUUGACCUGGGUCCAGAUGAGCCCGACCUUUCAACUCUCAGCCUUGCAGAGAAGAUGGCCCUGUUCAACCAGCUGUCCCAGCAGCCCUCAAAGCCUGCUGCAGAGGGGGCCGGGGCCUCCAGGGGCGACACCCGCCAGCGCAGAGCCAACAGCCGCUUCCAGACCCAGCCUAUUACCCAGGGAGAGGUGGAUCAGGAGAUAGAUCCUAUGGUUACCUCUCUUCCUCCUCCUCCUCCGUUGACUAAGAGAGAACAACUGCAGAACGGAGGAGGAGGGGUCAAGCUGGAGCCACUGUCUGCCUCUUUGGUCCGCUCCGUGGCAGCCGUCACCUCCCAGGUCUCGGUCGCCACGGUAACCACGGCGACUUCCAGCUGCAGCAACGUCCACCUUGGAAAAUCUACUGCCGUUCCCUACAACCCGCCCCCCACCACCACCACCACCACCACCACCCAGGAGAGGGGAGGGGUGAGGUACUUCAGCCUGACCAAGGGUGGUGACUCCUCCAGUUUCCCUGAACCAGAUCUGUACUCCCCUGGCCCUCCCCUUUCAGAGCAGCAACCGCAGCAGCAGGCUCACAGUAGAGGAGCCGGAGAGAGAGGAGGAGACAGUAGCGGAGCUCCUGGAGCCAGUCGCUCCUUCACUGGCCACAGAGAGAGAGAGGAGGAGGAGGAUGUGUGGGGAGGAGGGGCCAGCAGAGAGGAGAGGGAGAGCUGUGGUAGUAGUGGUGCUGGAGGCAGCAGCAGUAAGGGAAGGCUCCACUCCCCCGACAGGGACAGCAGACAGCAGCGCUAUCAGCCCCCAGCCCCAGAGCCCCAGCCCCAGCCGCGGCACGCCAACAGUAGCCAGCGGGAGUCCAUCGAGCUUCCCUCUUUGAGGCACGGGAGGGGUGAGUUGCUGGUGGAGCCCAGGCAGCAUAGAGACAGAGAGAGAGACAGAGAUAAAUACGGCAGUAGCAGCAGCAUCACCCUGGAGAGGAAAGAGCACGGGAGCUACCUGGGAGAGACACACAGCUCAGAGAGACACACAGAGCUGCAGCACACAGCAGACAGAGAGAGCACACGGAGCAGCAGGAGCAGGGAACUCCUCUCAGACACCGAGCACACCAGUGUGUCAUUGAGAACUGUGACAACAGCGGCAGCGCCCAGGAGUGUCUCUCACACCUCCAGUAACCAGCAGAAACAGCAGCAGAUCCAGUCUUUCACCCAGUCUCCCCCACAAACUGAGCCCCAGCCAUACUCCAAACCUCACCAGCACUUCACCCAGGAACCUCCAGCCCAAUCCCAGCCCAAGCCCCAGGAAAGGGACAGGAGCUUCACCCAGCCACUACCCAAGACUUACUCUCAGCUAACCCCUCACACUCAACCCAGACCCCAGUCCUUAUCCCAGCCUCCUCCUCCCCAGACCGCCCCCCAGACUCUGCCCAAGCCCACGUCCUUCCCUCAGCCGCUGGUCAAGUCUCAGUCCCUGCCUCUGGACUACAGUGACGACAUCACAGGACACAGUGUCUCCGACCUCCUCUCCCCCAGCGAAACAGAACUCUCAGAGAUGUCCUCCAAACAGAUGUCCAUCAAAGAAAGGCUGGCCCUGCUGAAGAAGAGUGGUGAAGAGGACUGGAGGAACAGGAUCAAUAAGAAGCAGGUAGUGGUAAAGGUGGCUGUGACUGAGAGACACUCCACAGUACAAGGACAGGGAUGGGAGGCAGAGCAGACCUACAAGAAGAAGGAGGAAGGGAUGGUUAUUGAUGAGUUCGCUGCUGUCACUGUGUCUGACCAGCUGUGGGGGAAAAUACACUGUGAAGCAGAUAAACGUUUGACUGGGGAACGCCGGCUCAGUCUGCUUCAGCCAUGGAAACAUCAUCAUGAUUUCAGACUUGAUUUAUCCAAAAUAAUCUCUAGGAUGGGAGAGGAGAUGGAGAACCAGGCUCAGAUGUCCAUAGAGGAGAGGAAGCAGAUGAUCUCAACACGGGAGGAGUCCUGGGUGUCUAAAGGCAAGGGGGUGGCCAACGACUCCACCCAGUACACUGUGGCUGCACGCAUGGUCAAGAAAGGUCUGGCAGCCUCCUCCUCAGCCAUCAGCCCCAUCCUGUCUCCUGUUUCCACCAAACUCAAGAGCAACGUGCCUGUCAUCAAACCGCAGGAGGAAAUCGAAGCCAGACCAGAGAUGAACUUGGAGUCGGAUAAAAAGCUGGAUAAAUUGGAGACAUUUUUGGGACGUCUGAACAGUAAAGUGGCAGGUCUUCAGGAGACCACUCUGACUGUGACAGAGAAGGCUGUGAAGGAGGUGAUGAGGAUGGAUGAUGAGAUCUUCUCCAAGUUCUACCGUCACGUGGCUGACUUCCCACGCAUGCCCAGCAGGAUCGAGAUCGACGAGGACUUUGAUGCCAUCUUCGGCACUCAGGCGCCCAAGUUGACCUCAGCCAUUGCGCAGCACAAACGAGCAGUGAGACCAUCUAGGAACGUCCAGGCGUCUAAGAACCCUCUGAAGAUGCUGGCGGCCAGGGAGGACAUCAGACACGAGUACACUGAGCAGAGACUCAACAUCGGCCUCAUAGAGAGCAAGAGGAUCAAGGAUGAGAAGAUGAAUAAGACUUCGGAGUACUCGGAUGCGGCCCUGGCUGGACUGGCCAGUAAGGAGAACUUCAGCAACGUAAGUCUGAGGAGCGUCAACAUCUCAGAGCAGAUGUCCAACAACAGCGCUGUGCCCUACAAGAACGUCAUGCUGAUGCAGGUCAAAGGCCGCCGUCACGUCCAGACCAGACUAGUGGAGCCCAGAGCCUCCACCCUGAACAGUGGCGACUGCUUCCUCCUGGUUACUCCUCAACACUGCUUUGUUUGGAUGGGAGAGUUCGCUAACGUCAUCGAGAAAGCCAAAGCUUCUGAGCUGGCAUUGUUCAUCCAGACUAAGAAGGAUCUGGGCUGCAGAGCGAGCCAGAUCCAGACCAUCGAAGAGGGGGUCAACCCCCAGAGCCCUGCGGCCACAGAGUUCUGGAAGAUCCUGAGAGGAGAGCAAACCUACCAGUCUGCCGGGCCACCAGAGGAGGAUGAGCUGUUUGAGAGUGCCAUAGUGGAGACGAACUGUAUCUUCCGUCUGCUGGAUGACAAGCUGGUUCCUGAUGAUGACCAGUGGGGGAAGGUUCCUCACAGCAAUCUACUGGAGUCCAAAGAGGUGUUGGUGUUUGACUUUGGCAGUGAGGUGUAUGUGUGGCAUGGUAAGGAGGUGACUCUGGCCCAGAGGAAAGUAGCCUUCCAGCUGGCUAAACACCUGUGGAAUGGAACCUUUGACUACACCUGCUGCGAUAUCAACCCUCUGGACCCUGGAGGAUGCAAUACACUCAUACCCAGGAAGGGCCAGGGCCGUCCUGACUGGGCCAUAUUCGGCAGGCUGACAGAGCACAAUGAGACUACCCUGUUCAAAGAGAAGUUCCUGGACUGGGCAGACACUAAGAAACCACAACCGAAGAACACCAAUGAGCAAGUCAGUGAGCAGAAGGAGACGCCGGGGCGGGAGUGCAGGCCGUAUGAUGCAGCAUUGAUGCUGCCUGUACUCCAGACAGCAGUCAGCACUGUGCUGGAUGGGAUGAACGUGGGCCGAGGCCACGGCUCUAUAGAAGGAGAGGACAGGAUGAGGACUCUAGAGAUCAGCACGGUGUCGGUGGAUGUCUGGCACAUCCUGGAGUUUGACUACAGCCGGCUACCCAAGCAGAGUAUAGGCCAGUUCCAUGAGGGAGACGCGUAUGUUGUGAAGUGGAAGUACAUGGUGAGCGCAGCAGUUGGGAGGAGGCAGAACCCAGAGCUGAGGAGUGCGGGCCCUGGCAAAGAAAAGUGCUGCUACUUCUUCUGGCAGGGACGGAACUCCACCGUGAGCGAGAAAGGAACGUCAGCACUGAUGACAGUGGAGCUGGAUGAGGAGAGAGGGGCACAGGUCCAGGUACAGCAGGGGAAGGAGCUCCCUUGUUUCCUCCAGUGUUUCAACGGGGGGAUGAUCAUACACUGUGGGAAGAGAGAGGAGGAAGAGGAGAACACACAGACUGAGUGGCGUCUGUACUGCGUGCGAGGGGAUGUCCCAGUAGAGGGCCACCUCCUGGAGGUAGUGUGUCACUGCAGCAGCCUGCGCUCCAGGAGCUCCAUGAUCCUCCUGAAUGUUAACAAGGCCCUCAUUUACCUGUGGCACGGCUGCAAGGCCCAGCAACGCACACGCCUGGUGGGCCUCACCGCCGCACAGAGGAUCAAAGAACAAUGUCCGUUGGAGGCGGGGCUCCAUAGCAGCAGUAAGGUGACCAUCACCGAGUGUGACGAGGGAUCAGAGCCCACUGGAUUCUGGGAUGCGGUCGGUAGGAAAGACAGGAAGGCCUACGACUGUAUGUUGCAAGAUCCGGGUAAAUUUAACUUCACCCCUCGGCUGUUCCAGCUGAGCAGUUCUUCAGGGGAGUUUGUAGCCACAGAGUUCUACCACCCCUCCAGAGUUCCGGACCUGGUCAGCUCUCUGCCCUUCCUUCAGGAGGAUCUGUACCAAGCCUCCCAGCCUGCGUUGUUCCUGGUGGAUAACUUCCAUGAGGUGUACCUGUGGCAGGGCUGGUGGCCCCAGGACAGCGAGAGCCCCGGCUCCGCCAGGAUACGAUGGGACAUGGACAGGAAGUGCGCCAUGGAAACGGUGCUGCGGUACUGCAAAGAGAAGAAUGAGAAGAAGCCUCAGAAGUCGUAUCUGAUUCAUGCUGGUCUGGAGCCUCUCACAUUUACCAACAUGUUUCCCAGCUGGGAGCACAGAGAGGACAUCGCAGAGAUCACUGAGAGGGAGGCGGAGGUGUGUAACCAGAUCAUCUUGGUGGAGGAUGUGCUGGCCAGGCUGUGUCAGAACACAUAUCCCCUGGCUGAGCUGCUGGCACGCCCCCUACCUGGGGGCGUCGACCCCCUCAGCCUGGAGAUCUAUCUAUCAGACCAGGACUUUGAAAAAGCAUUGGACAUGAAGAGAGAUGAGUACGAAGGAUUACCAGGGUGGAAGCAAGUGAACUUAAAGAAAGCUAAAGGACUGUUUUAGUGUAAAGUUAAGCUGAUGAUGAUUGUGGAGAGAAAUUCAAUUCAGCAACUCUUGGACGACAGUGGAAGUUGAUAAAAAUGCUGCUUUAUUGUUAAAACCAACGUGUUUUGGCUCCUAGCCUUCAUCAGGUUGGUUGUGGAGAGAGAGGACACAGAGACUGUUGACAUGAUGGAGGCCACCAAGCUGUCCCCCUCAGCACUUCCUUCCCAGCGGUGUGACUGAACCCCAGUAGUGGCUGGUGGUACUUUAAAAUCAGUGGAUGGGCUCAUAAUUUCAGUUGAAUGGAAUCAUUGGAAAGGUAUCAAACUCAUGGUUUCCAAGCGUUUGAUACAAUUCCAUCCACUCCAUUCCAGUCAUUAUUAUGAGAUAUCCACCCCUCACCAGUUUCCUCUGCUGAACACACUCUCAGGGGCAGCUUCUCUGAGUGGGUCACAGGGGGAAAAAAGGAAAGGAGGCUGGGGUAGAGGAUCUGCUGAGGUGUGCUAGCAUCAUGUAGCAUAUUGUUUUUACCUUUCAGUUAUGUAACUAUGUAGGAAAAUGAAAAUUCUGCUAAGCACAUUGUAUGCGAGUGGCUUUAUCAGGUACUGUACAAAGCAGGACCUGCACUCUCUCUCUUUCUCUCUCUGCUUCAUACUGUACUACAAGUCUCCACUUAUUAUGACACCGCUCAUGCCAUAUGAAGUGAAGAGGAAAUUCAGCAACUCUUCGAGGACAGUGGAAGUUGAUAAAAAGGCUUGUUUAAUGUUAAAAUAAACCAACACGUUUAAAUUGGUCGGUAGCCUUCAUCAGGGUUUAACAGAUAGAAGAACAAUGAAAGAGGGCAGAGUUUCAUGUCAUGGACAUAUGAAUAACAUACACACUGAUGUGGUCUCUGGGUGUGAUGUUUUAACUGUUGUGUGUGUGUUUGUGAAGUAUUUAGAAGAAUUUGUAUUUAUGUAAAAAAAAAAAAUCUGGUAGAAGGACAAUGUAUUCAACUUAAAAGUACUGUGUAAUAUCUGUCAGUAGGAGUGUUUUUUUUGUUCUUGUCAAAAGGUGUAAACAUGCCAAGUAUGUACCUUUUUUGUUUGGCGUUCUCAGAUAUGGUACCUGCCUGGGGCUGUCAUAAUGACAUCUAACCUUUACAGGUACCUGAGAAAUGACAAACGGUUGUAUUUUUAAAGGCAUGGAAUUCUUUGUGAAAAAAACCUUGAUGAAUGUUGAAUGUAUAGUGCCUUGCUUUUGUGUACAGUUUAUAUACAGAAAUUCUAGUCUGCAUUUCGAAGACUUUCUUUGUGAUAAAAUAAAUAGUAAAUAAACAACAAUGAAAAUCCAAA